AUGCAACAUCCAAUCAUGAAUUUGUUUCAGUCGCCAAGCAAUAACUCAGACAAUCCAGAAAAGCAUUCCAAUGGCGAUCUUUUUAAUUGUGAAUCUCAACUCUUUGGAAAUGUUUCUCUCUUAUCUGCUCCUGAGGCAAGCGAUUCGUUGCUUUCAUUGUUCAAUGAACGUGAAACCUUUGCCUUUGAAGAUUGCAUGUACACUUCUAACAAUAAUUCAUCCUUACUUCAUUCCUUAUCCAGCACUGGGUACAACUCAUGGUCGUCGUCAUCUUUAGGCUUUGAUUUUCAAACUUCUUAUUCCCUCGAUGCCUUGAGUUCUGAUUCUGUGUUGAGUACUCCAUCGAGAUUUGAGACGCCUUUGACAAAGGAAGCUACUUUUCCUUCUCCACUCUCUGUAAAUAUCAUUCCUUUGAAGAAUUAUAGAGACCACAAAUCGAACAUGUCAUCUCAAAUGAUGGCAAUUCAGAAAGACACCUUUGAUCAACCAAGCUUGGAAUCCAUCGCCAAGAAUAUUGAAACCUUAUUGGAAGACUCUUUCAGUGUCAAUGAUUUGAAUCUCAUGAAAGAGCUAAAGAAAAUUGAAAAUGAUGUUCGAAGCGCUCUCAUUAUGAAGGAACAUACUCGAAUGAUGAAUAGUAACAACAACAACGCUGGCUCAUCCUGUAGCAGUUCAAUUUCGGCAAGCACUCCUUCUAUUGUGUCUUCGUCCUCCUCAAUGAAGAAAGACGAACAUGCAAGUCACAUUCUGACUCGAUCACAAGCACAGAAGAAGAAACAAUCUUCCUCGUCUCGAAAGAAUGCUUUACCAGUGUUGUCCUCCCCUCAAACCAAGAAAAGAGGAAAGGCCUCAACAAAGAGAAAGCGUGCAUCUGCAGAUGAAGAUUCUGAGAGUGAAAAAUCCUCGAACAGUAGUAAUGAUUCCGAUUCCGAUUUUCGUCCUUCCUCAACAGAAAACAAUGAAUGUACUACAGAAGAAGAAGAAGAUGAAGAAACUGAAGAUGAUUCCAAGUCCUCUACUACCACUACAUGUAAAAGAAAGGCAACAAGCAGUGCUUCCAAAUCAAGAACUGCCACACCUCAACCAAGAAAAAAAAGAACAACCUUUGCCAAAGCAGAUAUUGCACUAUUGACCAAGUGGCUUCAUGAUCACUCGAACAAUCCGUAUCCUACCGAUGAUGAAAAGAAGACCUUAUUGGAAUGUGUGAACAUGACAAAGGAUCAACUCGAAACCUGUAUCUCUGAAAUUUUGACACAGCCUUUUGCCUUCCAAAUGGAUGAUUAUCAUAUUUAUGAAAAAAUCAUCGAAACUGUGAGAACUAAAAAAAUGAGUGAUGAAGAAGGAGAAGAGAUUUUUUUGUCGGUCCGAGUUCAUGACUUUCACUCACAAGUGAAAGAAUUUGAACAAAUUAAUAGCUCUACAGAUCCGAAUACAUUACUUCAAAGUUUAUGCACAAAAGCCUUGUCGGGAAAUCUUGGUCAAUCCACUAUUCGUUCAAUAAUUUGGAGAGUUUUUCUCGGAGUUUUGCCACUGACUGAAAAGUUUGGAAAGGAACAUUGGAUAACGAAAAUAGAUUAUGAUCGUGAACGAUAUGAAGAACUUCUCAAGAAGCAUGAAAAUGAUCCAAGAAAAAAGACUAAAAAUUCUGCAAAUUCAGAAGAUGAAGUAGAUGUUACUUUUUGUGACCCUCUCUCACAAUCACAAUCCAAUCCGUGGUCCGAGUUCUUUGAAAAUUCAGAGCUUGAAAAAACAAUUGUACAAGAUUUGAAACGGCUGUAUCCAGAAUAUCCGUUUUUCAGAACUGAUGAAAUUCAAAAUUUACUCAAAAGAAUGCUCUUUGUAUGGUCGAAAGAAAAUACUGACCUUUCGUAUAGACAGGGCAUGCAUGAAUUACUUUCCCCCAUUCUUUUGGUUGUGUACAGAGAUGCUCAAAAUAUUGAAAAUUAUAAGCAUCUAUUGGAAGAAAAUCCUGACCUUAAAUUACUCAUGAAAUUAUUGGAUCGCAAUUUUCUAGAGCAUGACGCUUACUGCUUGUUUGAGAAAUUAAUGACCAAAAUGAGGGAAUACUUUAUUGUUGGAGAAGGCCCUCAGGGAAGACCAUUUCCAAACAUUAGUACUAAAGGCCCUCUCGAUAAUAUGCUCAUGAUAGAACGAAAGAUGGAUCUCUAUGAAACACCAAUUUUUAAAAUUUCAAACAAGAUUCAAAACACUCUACUCGAGAAGAAAGACCCAGACCUGCAUCGUCACUUGACAAAGAUGUGCAUUGAACCACAAAUUUAUUUAAUUCGAUGGGUCCGAUUGCUCUUUGGAAGAGAGUUUCACAUUGAUGACGCCAUCAUUUUGUGGGAUGCAAUUUUCUCUGAUUGUGGUGGGUUUAGAUCUGAAAGUCUAAUCUCAGCAUCUGAUAUCGAUUUAUCAUUGGUUGAGCACAUUUCAGUAGCCAUGUUGCAUUUCAUAAGAAAACAUUUACUUUCUUCGGAUUCAAGCUAUUGUAUGAAACGACUGAUGAGAUAUCCACCCGUUGAGGAUGUACAUAUUUUCGUAGAACAAGCACUCGAGUCACGUGCAAGACCAACAAGUUUAUUACCGUCCAUGGAAGCCAGUAGUAAUCAUCAUAAUGGUGCCAAUAAUGGAGGAACUUCUUCUGUGACGGUCAUUCCCAAGUCACAAUCGAAUCCACAACUUGACACAAGCUCGUUAUUCCCCAGGCUCACCAAAGAUGUUCCAGUCACAGAGAGAACUAUUAAACCUUCUCGAAAGCAAGAAGGUACUCCCAAACACAAGAACAGUAAUAGUAUUUCCGCAAGUCCAAAUUUGGGAGCUUUUGCUAAACAGCUAUUCCCAUCUUCAUCGACCAAGCCAAAAUCAAAGGGUGUGACACCUCUCAAUUCUCCUUCACCCUCAAUACAUGCCAUGGCAACCUCACACCAUCUCUAUUCAUCUGAAGGACAUGAAUGGAUAGAGCGAGAAAAGAAGUUGGGAGAUGUUGUCGAUGUUGUUUUGAACGUGUUACAGAACAUGGCACUAGAAGCCAAAUUGGAUGAAGAACGGUUGCUCAUGUCUGUGGCAGAGCUGAAACAUGUCAGAGAUUGCUUAAAGUUUCAAUUACCCUUCCAGGAACGAGAAAUUGACUGGAUCGCCAAAAGAUUAAAAUCGCCUCGAGGAUCUGAAGCAGAAGAGAAUCAAGAACACGGUAUGAUGCAAUCAUCAUCAUCGUCAACAACAACAACGACUACAAAUACUCCUCAUGAAGAAGAAGAGAUCAAAAAGUCUCUGGGUACCUUUGUGGUCAUUGAUUUUCAUGAAUCUCCUCAUCCACCAUCUUCCACAACAUUGGAACCACAUUUUCCAAAUUCACACCUUCCAUCAUCCACCUCACAACACAAACCUACUGCUCAAAAACAAAACACAGUGCCGAAUCAGAACAGCAACACUAUCAGUAGUAGUAGUAGUGAGCCUGUUUUUCAUCCAUUGUUGAAAUAA